AUGACACGUUUUAGAGAGCGACACGAGAACGCGCAUUGUUCGAAUUUGCCGCGACGAAUGCCUGAGCAACUCCAGGUGCCUCAAGCCCACGAUCCCUGCGCCAUCAUGACGCAAUUCCGCCUGCCACGGGUGUACAAGACCAAGGGUCCGCAGGGACAGCCCACCCGUCUCAUCGUGUUCGGUUUUCCGAUUAGCAGAAACUACCUCCUAGAAUUUGCCGACGCGCACAAUCUUCUACCCAACAGCCAAAGCGACGAACAACGUCGACGAGCCGCCUACAUACACAUGAGAAUUGUGGCUGAGGAACGCUUUGACGCUCAAAUAGUCGAUGUUUUGGACAUCAACGAUGGAUCUGGCAACAAUGCGUUGUUCUCCGUCGCCGUUGCUUCUAACAGAAGCAAGAGGCAUAUGAGUCGCAUGCGAACGUACCGGCACCUGGAGAAACUUGCUGAUUUCUUGCGGCUAGAUCCUGAGGCAGCCGAAUGGGCGUAUGCAGACCUAAAUGACGCUGUGGACAUGAUCAGAGCUGGCAACAGGAUUAUUUAA